AUGGCUAAAGUGGUGAUCAAUGAUCUGUUCCAUGAGUUGAGUGAUGAGAACCAGAGACUCAUGUCUGCAACUGAUGGCCACAAAGAGAUGAUACAAGACAUGGAGAGACAAUACGAGUCCAUUCAGCAUGAGAUCAACACUCAGAUAAUACCACUCGAAGACAUUAUGAAGAAGAGUGUCUCGAAUGACACCGAAGUGGAGGUCGGCUCGAGUCCAGACACUAAACGACGGAUUCUGAGGAAUAGCUCUAAGAAUAAGAGACAGAAGACAUCAGUUAAUGAUGAGUCAGACAAUGGAUCUGAUGAUGAUAAUAGUGAGCGACAAAUGGUAACAAACAUGAAGUUCUUGUCUGAAAGCGAUUAUCUGCUCGAAGAGGACGGACUCAUCAUCACUAAAAGAGAUCCCAAGAAUGGAUUGAUAUUAGUGGUUCAGUUGAAUGACAAUUGCGGGCAAACACUGGGCUAUCGAUGCAAUUGGAGUGACUGUCAGUUUGUCAGCGUUUCCAAAGACAAGACUAAAGAGCACUUGAAGUGCGUCCACAACCGCAACGGUCUGUUUGUGUGUCAGAAGUGCGACAAUGAGUUUGUGUCACAGAAAGAGAUCAAUUCACAUGUGAUUGAGAAGCACUCGAAUCAAUACCAAUGCGAUUACAAGGGCUGCGACUAUAAGACGCGACAUAAAAAGCAUUUGAAUGAACACUUGCGAAGACACACCGGUGUUAAGCCGUACGCCUGUACUCAUGAGGACUGCGACAAACGAUUUACCACAAGACAGGAGCUCCGCAGACAUACUAAUGGCGUACAUAUGGGGCACAAAAGCGAUUACGCAUUGGCGUCAGUGUUGGCCAUCAUUUGCUUCACCUGA